AUGACAGAAAAACUGCUCGUUGCCGGCAGCAACUCGGGUUUCCAGCUCGGUGUGGGCCACAAGGACGAUGUACGGACGCUGCAAGAAGCGCGCUGCCAACUCGAUGCCAAAGGACCGGACGGCAAACCGCUGAUCGGCACGUUCCCCCCGCAGGGCUUCACUGUAGCUUCCGUAUCAUCCGGCGCCAAUCACACUCUGGCUUUGCUGCGACCGGUGGAUUGGACCGAGACGCUGUCUGGUCACAGCGGACUCGCCGAGGUCUGGGCGUGCGGCACAGGCGAACAGGGCCAGCUCGGGCCUGCUUAUGCUGCGAAGGGAGCAAGCAAGCCAAAAGUGUUCAUCCGCCUGGAUUUGGCCGAAUGUCUGGCUUCCCUUCCGGAGGAAGACCGCAAGGCGUUUUCGGGGAAAGACGUUGAACCCAUCUUCGUCCAGUGUGGUUGGACCUGCAGCUACGUCGUCCUGGCGACAGCUACUGCAACAUCAAAUCAGAGCGAGGUGAUCUCGCUCGGCUUUCAUCGGGAGAACCACUUCGGCGAGCUCGGUCGCCCAGCCCCAGUUGACACGGAUGCGGGAGCACCGACAGAGGGCGUGGAGCGAUGCGUGCAUCGGGUACGCCUCGAGUGCUUGUUCGAGCAGGUCGGACUUGACGCAGACGGAUAUCUAGAGGUCGAAGGCAUUGCUGCAGGUCUGCGGCAUGCAAUCGUUGCCCUGAAGUACUCAAAUGCAGACUACGAAACGACGCACGCGAUCGUGGCAGGUUGGGGCUGUGCACGCCACUCCCAAGUCGGCAACGCGAUCAAACGAACAUCGACAGCCGGUCCGCCCGACAAGAAGCGACGUGCGUAUGCUCGCAAGAUAGCCUGGGAGCCGCAGCGCAUGUGGAGUGCUGAGGAAGGCGGACCGUUAUGGCACUCUUUCGACCUGGCGGCAGGAAGAGAUCAUUCGAUCAUCUUGCUUACCGAACACUUUCAUCAUGAAAGGACGGUGCGAACCAUCGACUUCGGAUCCAAUGAAAAGGGCCAGGCUCUCCAAUCCGUCGAACUGGACUCUCUUGGUGGAUUCCAGAACGGCAUGCUCAAUGUGUCUUGCAAUUGGACAUGCAGCCACGUGCUCUUCGAGGCGACCACUGACACUCAUUGCGAGCGCAUCAUGCAAGCGGUGGCCUGCUGUGGAAGCAACAGCAAAGGCCAACUCGGUGACGGAACGCGAGAGCCGAUAGCUGGCGACUACGGGCUCAAACUUGUCGACGUCGAGACUGUCUUGAGACACAGGCCGGCCUUGGCCGAAGGAAAUGCCUUGUACGGGCGCUUUCCCCAAACCGAUGAAUUGCGGAUCUCCAAGAUGGUGUCUGGCAGCGAGCAUACGCUGGUGCUCGUGAUGCGCGAUAUGUACGCCACCCUUGACUUCCCGUAUGCUCGUACGAAGGAAGUGUGGGGCUGGGGCUGGAACGAGCACGGCAAUCUCGCGCAAGGCGAACACGACGAUUCGGACCGCGACAGGCCCGUUCCACUCAUCGACGGAUCGCGGUCCGGUGCCGCCUCCGCCUUUUCACCGCUGGACGUCUGGGCCGGAAAUGGAACCUCAUUCAUUCGCGUUGAACAACGGCCCGGCGUACCGAUGACCUGA